AUGAGAAGUUUCGCAUUAUUAUACACCGAUUUGCUCGAACUAGUGUCUCCAUCUUGCUAUUCUUUCCUUCCCUUUCUUGGUCUCUUCUUUCAUUUCCCUUCCCUUCCCUUUCUUGGUCUCUUCUUUCAUUUCCCUUCCCUUCCCUUUCUUGGUCUCUUCUUUCCUUUCCCUUCCCUUCCCUUGCUUGGUCUCUUCCUUCCUUUCCUUUCCCUUCCCUUCCCUUUCUUGGUCUCUUCUUUUCUUUCCUUUCCCUUCCCUUCCCUGGUCUCUUCUUUUCUUUUCUUUCCUUUCCCUUCCCUUCCCUGGUCUCUUCUUUCCUUUCCUUUCCCUUCCCUUCCCUUGCUUGGUCUCUUCUUUCAUUUCCCUUCCCUUUCUUGGUCUCUUCUUUCAUUUCCCUUCCCUUUCUUGGUCUCUUCUUUCAUUUCCCUUCCCUUUCUUGGUCUCUUCUUUCAUUUCCCUUCCCUUUCUUGGUCUCUUCUUUCAUUUCCCUUCCCUUUCUUGGUCUCUUCUUUCAUUUCCCUUCCCUUUCUUGGUCUCUUCUUUCAUUUCCUUCCCUUUCUUGGUCUCUUCUUUCAUUUCCCUUCCCUUUCUUGGUCUCUUCUUUCAUUUCCCUUCCCUUUCUUGGUCUCUUCUUUCAUUUCCCUUCCCUUUCUUGGUCUCUUCUUUUCUUUCAUUUCCCUUCCCUUUCUUGGUCUCUUCUUUUCUUUCAUUUCCCUUCCCUUUCUUGGUCUCUUCUUUUCUUUCAUUUCCCUUCCCUUUCUUGGUCUCUUCUUUUCUUUUUUCCUUUCCCUUCCUUUCUUGGUCUCUUCUUUUCUUUCAUUUCCUUCCUUCCCUUUCUUCUUGGUCUCUUCUUUUCUUUCAUUUCCCUUCCCUUCCCUUGCUUGGUCUCUUCUUUUCUUUCCUUUCCCUUCCCUUUCUUGGUCUCUUCUUUUCUUUCCUUUCCCUUCCCUUUCUUGGUCUCUUCUUUUCUUUCCUUUCCCUUCCCUGGUCUCUUCUUUUCUUUCCUUUCCCUUCCCUUUCUUGGUCUCUUCUUUUCUUUCCUUUCCCUUCCCUUUCUUGGUCUCUUCUUUUCUUUCCUUUCCCUUCCCUUUCUUGGUCUCUUCUUUAUUCAUUCAUGAUUACUUUUGGGGGGGGCCACUCGAGCUACAAGUUUCCAUUCGGAAAUACCAUACCCCAAACCAUGACUCCUCCUCCUCCUCCUCCUCCCAUCUGUCUCUUGUUGAGAAUAACCGGGCCACCUUUUCUCGACCAUGUACACCACCCAUGAGGUCCAUCGAACUUAAAACGUUUUUUAUUAGUAAAUAUCACAUUCUUGAAGUCGACAUGCUUUCUUUGUACAGUUCGAACACUGACGUCAAGUUCACACUUCUCUUACUUUCUUCGCUGUCACCUUUUCUCGAGAUGAGUAACACUCCUUUUCAUUCUUUCUGUUCUCUUGAAAAUUGUUUUUUCCGUCCUCUCUUCUUCCGCUCAUAG